AUGGAUGGUUAUGUGGUUUAUAGGCAGAACAGGGAGGCAGGUGCUGGUGGUGGCACGGCGGUUUUAGUAAGGGAGACCUUUAGGUCUGAACAGGUUGUGAUUGGUACUGGCCUGAUUGAGUCUUGUGCCAGCAGAGUUUGGAGGUCGGAUGGUUCGUCGGUGGUUUUUGUGUCGAUGUACUUGCGCCCGCAGUUUGAGCUUAGAAUUGGUGAUUUGGAUUCCUUGGUCGCCUUGGCUGGUACUGAUGAAGUUUUGAUAGGUUGCGAUUUGAAUGCUAAGCAUCCCGCCUGGGGAGGGGCCGGGGCAGACUCUAGGGGUCGUUUACUUCAUAGAUUCCUUAUCGAUUCUCCGGAAUUUGACACGGGUCCCACCGACGAACCGACCAGACCGAAUGGCUCGGGUGGGUCGCACAUUGAUUUAUUUCUUUGGACCCCCGGCAUACCUCCGAGGGAUGGAACUCCUCUGAUGACACAUGACUUUGAAUCGGACCAUAGGGCGGUCCGUUUUCCCCUUGCCUUGAUUGAUCUGCAACCGCGUGAGCCCACGACUUUUUUCAAUUUCCCAAAGAUGAAUGUCCGCCGCUUCAGGCGACUUUUAGGAGAUCGUCUACCGGCCAUUUCUCUUCCGACUGACUCGAAUGUGACCCGCGAGAUGAUUGAUGUUUGCAUAGAAGACCUUUCCUCUGCUUUUGGCGAGUCUAUUGCGGGCUCCACACCGAGGGUUACCCCCCGGUCCGCUUCCCUUGGCCCGUUGCCGUCGCAUAUAUUACGAUUUAUCCAGGAGCGUAAACGUCUGCGUAGAGUGUUGCAUAGGUCUGGGGAUCCCGGACGCCAUCUCAUUCUCCGUGCGGAUAUCCGAAACCUGGGCAGGAUUAUUGAGGGUGCCAUAUACAACUACGGGAAGGACCGUAUGAAGGAACGAUUGGAGCGGAUACGGGUCAACUCCUGGACGUACGGAAAGGUGAAGUCCGCUGCAGGUCUUGCCGCUAGGGAGCGCAUAGAGGGGAUUCGUUCGUCGAAUGGAUCGAUCAUCUUUGAUGAUAGGGGUAAGGCGGAAUGUCUCGCUGAGACCCUGGAUGGUGUGCAGGAUGCGAUGGACUCGGUUGACACCUCACUCAGAUCCAUGGUGGAUCGUGCUGUGGCUGAUGUGGAUGAUGGGACGCCGCUGGUGACUUUUUCUAGGGUAUUUAUGGCUGAUGGUUCUACGAUUUCAGAUAGGUCGGAGUGGAGUAGGGGGGGGCUUUGUCUCUUCGGUCCAGGUGCGCGAGAUGUUGGCCACCAGACCUUCGAAAAGAUCUAG